UUGGUCAAACGACAUCUUGCAGAGGUGCAAUGAACAAAAAGCUUAUGCAUUUUUAAUGAACUUUUUGCAAAUUACAAAAAUGUAUUUCCUUGGUUUUUCUCAAGAGCACAAGUGGAUUAACAAUUUUGGAAUCAAUAUUUCUUGGUUAACAAGCAAAUUUAAGAAAUAUUUUAUGCUACCUAGGAAACAGUAACUCUCAGAUGUUGCAUAUCCAUAUUUAACUUUGUUGCAAUGCCUGUUAUUGUACUCGAGGCUAGAGACUUUGCCAGUCCUCUUUUUUUGGUGAGAUCAUGGGAGGUGCUAUCCAGUUGUACUACAUUCAGUCUGGUGACCGCACUAGAAUCAUCAGAGCUGACCAAGAAUCUGCUGCAUCUUCAACACCUCCACACCAUCAGGAUCUUUUGCAUAUUUACCUGGUGCUUCUUCUUCACACUUACCCUGCUGAUCCACAUUCUGAGCACCAUCCAGUUUCACAGCCUCCUUCCGGUAUCAUGGAAAAACCUGACUGUGACUGUGGCAGUCUUGGGGUCACUGAUGUGUCUCAACGCCGCCAUAUUUUUUCUAUGGCUCAUCAUGGAACACCAGCAGGCCUGGCCACGUCCUGUGGCAGCUGCCAUUACAUCCGGCUUCACUUUCCUCGCCUAUACCUCGGAAUGCUUCAUCCUGUGCUCCCAAGUCCAGGAGCAAAGAGGUUUUGUGGGCAGUAUGCCUGGUCUUCUCAAGAUUGUCCAACUGUGGGGUGGUUUUCAGAUGAUUCCUCUCUUCGUGGAAGCAGACCAUGCCCUGGCCAGUGGACUACAUCAUUGGCAGCUGUGGGUGUCUGGAACGUCAUAUGGUGUCUGUAUCCUCAUGUCUGUUAUCACACUUUUAGUAAUAUUGGGUGACUUUGCAGGGCAAUGCCAUCUGCCUUUUGACAAAGUCAUGGUUGUCUUCACUAUUAAUGGACUGCUGCUAUACAUGGUAGCUACAGUGAUUUGUUUUAACAAGCUAAUACAGCUGAGAAAUAGUGCUAACAAAAGUUCAGAGCUGCUUAUAAUGGAGACAGUGGUUACUUGUAUCACACUUUUAUCUUAUACAGUGGACCUUACAUUCUCGAUUAAAAUAUUGUGUGACAGGAGUCACACAUGAAUUCACUCUUUAUGCUGAAUGUGUGUAGUAUGUUUUUCUAUGAAUGGUAAAAAUGUUAACUGAAAUACAUAUUAGCAAGCAAUGAAUUUAAUAUUAUGAUCUUUAUGUCAGUAUUGUUUAUGUGGAAAUGUUCACACGAGGCAAUAAA